AGUCUUUUGUAUGGACUUGCAGAUCAAUUUUACACCAUUGCAAGGCAAGGCAAAAAUUCCCUUGUGUAGUCUGAUAUAUAUUUUGUUUUGUAUGAACCAACCAAGGACCUUUCUUCAUUCUUCAAAACUUAUCUGGGGCAGCAGCUCUGAAACCAGUGAGGUGCUUUCCUGUUCAACAUUUGCUUGAUCCUCGGGAAAAUUUAUAAUUUUGUAGCACUGGAUCAUUCUCCAAGAAGGAAAAAGUAUGGCAUUCACAGGAACUUUGGACAAAUGCAAGGCUUGUGAUAAGACUGUUUAUGUGGUUGAUAUGUUGUCUCUUGAAGGAACACCUUAUCACAAAUCCUGCUUCAAAUGCAGCCAUUGCAAAGGAACUCUAGUGAUGAGCAACUAUUCAUCCAUGGAUGGAGUCCUCUACUGCAAGCCUCAUUUCGAGCAACUGUUUAAGGAAUCUGGCAAUUUCAGUAAAAAUUUUCAAACCGGAAAGUCAGAGAGGAAUCCUGAUCUGUCUAGGACAUCCAGCAAACUCUCUUCAGUGUUUUGUGGAACCCAAGACAAAUGUGCAGCCUGUGACAAAACAGUGUACCCGCUCGAGAAGGUGACAAUGGAGGGUGAAUGUUACCACAAGACAUGUUUCAGGUGUGCCCAUGGUGGGUGUCCUCUGACACACUCCUCUUAUGCAGCUCUUGAUGGAGUGCUCUACUGCAAGCAUCACUUUUCUCAGCUCUUCCUGGAGAAAGGCAAUUAUAGCCAUGUCCUCAAGGCUGCUAACCAUAAGAGAAAUAAUUCCGGAACUUCUGAGCCAUCUGAGACUAAACCAGAUGAACCUACCGGUGAUGGUGAUGGCGAUGGUGAAGCUGAAGAAGAUAACGACACACAGGAAGAAACUUCAUAAAUCACCAACCUUUAUACUUCUCAUAAGCAAUUUUUUUCAUUUUUUCUGGUGGAAGAGGAAGACAUCCUCUUCAUCUUUAAACUCUUGUUUGAGUGUUGACUGAAUUGUUUUGAAUUUUCUAAUUUAUGUUAUUGUUAUUAAAUCAUGUGAUAAAAAAUAUUUCUGCUGUUACAGCUUAACAUAUGCACA